GUGUAUGUAGUUUUUAUCCCUCCCCUGAGCAGAUCUUUAUCAAUUUGUGUACUCCAGUCUUGGGGUGCAUUUGAAUGGGUGUCUGUGUGUGUAUAUGUGGCAGAGUUUACAGGAGGACAGAGUAAAGUGUCUCGGUGCCUGUGGAGAAGGGGAAGAGCUUGGUGUCCAGAGGAGAGCAACCUGCACAAAAGGGUUUCUGACUGACAACAUUGUGAUUACAUCCAGCCACUUUUCAAGAAAUCAAGAUUUGGCUGGACUGUGUGUGCAGCCUAAAUGACGAAGUGGAACUUGUUCAAGCAUCAGACAACGCCCAUGGUCGCUGCUAACCCAACGGGGGCCAGUGCCUUGACUGAGACUCCAGCCCCUGUCGCAUUAGUCUCUGCUGACAACUCCACCGAGCCGGUCAACAAGAACGAUGCCUUUGACGAGAUCAAAAACAAGUUCCUAAAUGAAAUCGACAAGAUCCCACUGCCGUCCUGGGCCAUCAUUGCCAUUGCCGUGGUCGCUGCUUUACUCAUUCUAACAUGCUGCUUCUGCAUCAUCAAGAAAUGCUGUUGCAAGAAGAAGAAGAACAAGAAGGGCAAGAAGGGGAAGGGUGACAUGGGAAUGAAGAACCUGAAAGGGGGAGAGAAACAACAGGAUGAUGAUGAUGAAGAAGAUGAUGUUGAACCUGGACUGACUGGAGAUGAGAAAGAAGAAGAAGUGAAGGAGAAGGAAAAGCUCGGGAAGCUGCAGUACUCCAUUGAUUAUGAUUUCCAGGAGAACAAGCUGACCGUAGGAAUCCUGCAAGCAGCUGAUUUGCUCUCCAUGGACAGCGGUGGCACCUCUGACCCCUACGUCAAAGUCUUCGUCCUCCCAGACAAGAAGAAGAAGUACGACACAAAGGUUCACAAGAAAACGCUCAAUCCUGUCUUCAAUGAGACUUUUACCUUCAAGAUUCCAUUCCAAGAGAUGGGAGGCAAGACUCUGGUGAUGUCAGUCUAUGACUUUGAUCGCUUCUCUAAACAUGAUGUCAUCGGAGAGAUUAAAAUACCCAUGAACACCCUAGACCUGGCAAAGCCAAUUGAAGAGUGGAGAGACCUGGACAGUGCAGAUCAAGAAGAGCCGGAGAAGCUGGGUGACAUUUGCAUCUCUCUGCGUUAUGUCCCCACCGCUGGCAAACUUACCAUCUGUAUUCUGGAGGCCAAGAACCUGAAGAAAAUGGACGUGGGUGGACUGUCAGAUCCCUAUGUGAAAAUUAACCUGCUGCAGAACGGAAAGAGGCUGAAGAAGAAGAAGACGACAGUGAAGAAGAACACUUUGAAUCCGUACUACAAUGAGUCCUUCAGCUUUGAGAUUCCUCUUGAACAGAUGCAGAAAAUCGUAGCUGUGAUCACAGUGCUGGAUUAUGACAAGAUUGGCAAGAACGACGCCAUUGGGAAGAUCUUGGUGGGAAGCAAGUCCACGGGGGCCGGGCUGAAACACUGGUCCGACAUGCUGGCCAACCCCCGUCGCCCCAUCGCCCAGUGGCAUCCACUGCAGCCAGAGGAGGAGGUGGAUGCUGCCCUCGCAGCCCUGAAUGCCAAGAAGUAAACCCCCCCACCACCCCCGAACACAUCGUUCCAACCUCCACCUUACCUCCCCAUGCAUUUCCCAUCAUCUCCCCAGGUCCCACAUAUCAGUGUAUAUUCCAGAAGAACACCCCAACUGUACAUCUGCUCCCUCCAACCUCCACCCCCCUCCUUCUCUUCUCCUGCCGCCACCUUUCAAAAGAUCCAUGCAUUCAACAUGAUGGGAAAUAUAGUUUAAAAAAAAGCAUCAUGUUAUAUGAAAUCAUGUCAUUGAAAAAAGAAGACAAGUUACAGGAUGGACAGAUACUCCGUUGAUUUCCUUUAGAUCUAUUUUUGUAUUGGGGUUGUGGUUCCAUUAAUAAGAAUACAGAGUAGACUAUGAAGAACAGUACGAGUGCUAUAUUAAGGGAAUCUGGUGAUAGAGGGGAUAAAACAUACAUUCACUCAUAUUGUACUUCUCACCCCCUUCCCUUUAGUGACACAGUUUGCUUAGAAUAGUGCUUAAUAAUAAAAUGCUUUAUACUGCCAUAUGAUAGAGAAAUAACACAAGCAGGUCCAUUCCUUAGGUGUUUUGUGCACCAUGUUCCACACCUGCCAGUUAUCAUACUAGAUGAUUCUGUUAGUUUGAAGUACAUUCCUAGAGUCGGGUAGCAAGUAGGGAUAGGCACAUAUCCAGUUACCCACAAACACACUGCCUUUUUUGAUUAGUUAACCUUCCACCCAUCGUCUCAGGAAAACUGAGAGGAAACUGAAACUCCAUGCCUUUUUUUCUAAACGGGUUCUUAUUAUUCAAAUACUCCACUUGAUGAGAAUGAAAUGGAUUCAAAAGCUUGAUCGCUUGUUUUUUUUCGGUGACGUAAGGCUCACGACUAGUGUUAGAUUAUCCAUGAAAUGGUAUGUUAGGGAACAGGGAGUGGUGGGUUUUAAAGUGAAAAAAAAAGGGUAUUUGUGUAUUUUUUGACUGUGCAAAAAGGCUAUGUCUGUCAUUUGAAUAACAAAAAAGCAAGGUAAUAUCAGAGCGGGUACAACAGAGACUGAUUCCAACCACCAAUGACAUGAUAUUUACAAGGUGUCGAUUACUGCCUGCAGUCUACCACCUCCCCUCCCAACGCCUCUGAUUCUGUAUCUCACUUGUUCAGUGCUACUGCCAUUAGUCAUGGACUUGACACAAGGGUUUUACUUCAAAGGAAUCCCUAUAACCGUCUUACAGUCAUAAAGGAGACAAGCCUUCAAAGUAACAAAAUAAGCAAUUUUCAACUACCAGGGACGCCUUCCAGUUAGCGGUGUUGUUCUCUUCAUUUCUUUAUUUUUUCUAUUUCUUUUACCUUUUUAUUUCUCCAGUCGUAUUUAUUUUAUUUACCUUUUAUUCCUCAAGCACUUUAAAUCCAAAUGUUACGUUUAAGUACCCUCAGAAAUCAGAGCUUUAAUUAUUUAUGUUAUUAACAACUGCUGAUUUUAAGAAGAAAAAAAAGAAGAGCAAAGGUUAUGUAAGCAGUUUUUUUUCCUUGUUGCUUUGUUUCGGCUCAGCUUUUUGUGUAUGAUUGUUUGGAUAUUACGUUUCUCACUUGAUUGCAAGGAUACGGUCUGGAAGAAGGCACUGAUCCGUGUGUAUUUUAUACACAGCUUACCAAACUGUUGAAUUUAAUUGCACUACUGGGUAUUAUUCUGUUCUGUGGUAAUUUGACACUGUUCUUUGAUCUGUGUAGUUUUUUUUAAUGGUAAAAUGUUGUGAGAUUGAAGUUUUCCGUGGCACAUGUGGCAUGCCAGACAGGUCUCCUCGUAUAAAUGGACUCCUCUGACAAAGAAAAGAGACGCGUUAUAAUCUGACGCUGCUCCCUGGCUCCUUCACAGAAUGUAAUUGGUUCAGUGUAAUUGGAAAUGAAUAUUCUGCUGAAGAGGAUGAACUUUGUCUUGUGACAAAAUCCAAAAUGUUGUUUGAACAAAAGUCAUCAGCCCUGAAUAAAUUGGUGAAUGCGUAAUUGUUAAUUAAAAUCCUGAUAUGUGUCAGGUGCUUGAGCCCACCUGCUUGCAGGUCUAGUUAUUCAUUGAAAUGAGUUCCGCCUGUGGCCACCAACAGCGAAAACUAUCCUCUGACUGUGUGCAAGAAAAUGCAAAGUCAACGAAUAUCAAAUGUAGACAGUACCACAACUGUUUUUGGAGUUUAAUGAAUGUUGGCUCUUGUAUCUUUGUCCGUUGGAAAUUGUAAUCUUUAUUUAUUUAUUUUUUAUGACCAACACAGACCAUUCAGAUUUCAGUUUGUCAUCUCACAUGAUAUUUUUCCUCUGUUAACGAAGCAGCACUAAAGAAAAGGCAACAUGGAAGCAAUCAAGCAACCCAUUGGUGUGUAGUUUUGCCUAUAUACAUAGUUCAUACACGUUGAUACUGCAUGUUUAUACAAAAUACUGUACAUAGGAGCAUGUUUUAGAGACGAAGCAAAAAUAUCUCGUGUACGUAAAUGGGUGUCAUUUGUCAUUUUAAUAACACAAACGAAGGGAAAAAAAGAUGCACUGUAUAUUUUCUAAAUGAAACAAAUGUGUAUUUAUUUUCCAUGAGGGUCAUUGGAGAGAAUGUCAUACAACUAUUAGAGUACUAUUACUAAUAAGAACCUUUCCACGCCUGAAAUUCUUAAGCAAGUGUGUCGUCCAGUACUGUGUGUGAGUUCAUGUAGGAUGAAAAUGUAGCCGCAUGCUUGCUAUAUAAUUCCUUGUGAUCAAAUUUUUUUAUUUGAUACCAUUUAUCUGCCAUACAUUUUGUUUCAGCACUUAUCUGAAGGCCAAUGUUUGACUUAUUUCUGGAUUUAACUGCUAUUGCUUUUUCUUUUUUUAUUUCAAGAAAACAAAAUAUGUUUCAAUUUUUUAAUGUUUGGGAUGGGGGGGGGGGUCUCCAAGUCUAUAAGAUGACUAUUUUCUAAUAACAGAUCUGGCAGGGUGUUACUCUGAAUUCGAGGAAUAAUUCUGUGAUCUGUAGGUGGAUUGUAGGAGUUGUUAUUUGUGCCAGUAGUGAAGUCUGUUGGAUCAUAUCUUUGUAUGAAAUGCAUUUCCAACGGCCAAAAAAGAUGAAUAAUCCCAUUCCUGUAAAAACAAAACGACUUGGAAUCCCUUCUUCUCUCUUUCUUUACUUGGAAGUUUUUAUUUUUCACUUCUGAAGUAUUUAAAUGACCUGAAACCCUUCACGGCUGUGUCUCUUUUACUGUGUUUAUUAUACAAUAUGUGUACGUGUAUACAAGAUAAAUGAAUAAGAUAAAACUAAAGCCAUAAAACUCAAGCACUAACUCUUUAGAGCUCAGCUGAGUAGCUAGAGUUUAUUUAUGAAGAAAAAAAAUCUGACAUGUCUUCAUUUUCCUUGGCCAGUGUUUCUCUUUUACAUUCCGUUCUGAGGUCUUUGUUCAUCAAGAGGGCAAAAUCCACUUUUCUGUAUAUGUGAGCUUUGAGAACAGUUGUGAGUUUAGUAGAGUGAGUGUGUCUUUUCUACUUUCAGAGCUGUUGAUGUCCUUGUUUCAUAGAGGUAGCUGAUUUUACAGUAUUGUGAUUAGUAACGUAUCUGCCUUGUUUUGAUAGCAUAAAUAAUAGAUAUAAUAUCACAAUAGGUUCUCAAUAAUACUGCUAAAACUAUAUAUAUAUAUAUUGAGAGAGAGAGAGACAUAUAUAAAUGAGAGUGUGUUCUUUUCUUGGGCUGAGUGCAAUUUAUGAACCAAACUGGGUCACUCUUCAAGUUUCUCUUCUUCCGGUUUCGCAGCAGAAUGUGCGAGUGACCACAUGUACAAUCAAUCACACACUGCUGGUAGUUUUUGUUGGUUCGUUUUUAGCAACAAAACAAUAAGAAAACCAACGAUAUAUUAAAGCAAAAAGAGAGAAACUUAAAAUAGUGGCACCCAAGUUUUAGGCCUGAAUCCUCCCAUAGAACUAUGCAUAAAGUUAUGAUUUUCACAAACACGUGGCAGAAAUUAUAUGAAAAUAUAGAAAUGUGUAUUAUCAGUUCUAAAGUCUGAGAAAUACGGUUCGAGAAAUUUGCCUUCUUGCAGAGAAGUAAAAAAGGUCGAUACCACUCUCAUAUCUGGUGCUAAUUAUGAAGCUGGAGCCAGGAGUUAGCUUAGAUUAGCUUAGCAUAAAGAGUUGCAACAAGGGGAAGCUAAGCUAACUGUCUCCUGGCUCCAGCUUCACACUUGAAGGACAGAUAAGAGCAGAGUUGGGAUAGUUAAAGUACUUUAAAAUGGGUCUUAUAUUUCCUGCUAUUGUCAUGUGGCAGGUGCACUGUGCACACAUACUACUUUUUGCACUUUUUAAAAUCUGUUUAUGCAAAAGAAAAUCUGAAUUUUAAAGCAAAUUAAACUAAAAACUGGCCCAUGGCCAUGCCCUAUCUCACAGUGUUAACAAAAGCCAAAAAUAAUUAGUAUAAUUUGUGUAUCCUUCACCUGAUUUGGCUCCACACAUAAAUUUAAAGUCUUCAGCCCAUGCUAAACUUUCACAGGGUUUCAUGAAAAUCAGGCCGGUAGUUCUUCUGUAAUCCUGCUGAAUAACCAACAAACAAACUGAAAGUAAUCUAGUUUUAAAGAACUGAACUGAGCUGUAUUCAGGACACAACAAUUUAAACUCUUAUCCAACCCUGGAUAAGAGUGGUAUCCAUCUUUUCUUCUUACUCUUGCGAGAGAAUGCGAUUAUGCCUGUUUCCCAAAAUGUUGAACUAUACCUUUAAGUCGCCGAAUUCUCUCUGAGAUAAACCUUAAACUGCCAUCUAUCAAUCUAUCCUGGCAACAAUCUUCAAUGUGCCGUGCAACACCGCACAUUGUCUAAUGCAAUAUUCUGUCCCAUUAUUGUUCCUGACUGUGACCAAAUGAUGCACUGAGAACAAUUCAAAUACAAGAUCUCAGUGUGUUUCACAAAAUACUGCCAGUACCUGAUCACAGUUGCCUGCAUUCGUCAACACUGUUUGAAUCUACAAAGCCAAAAUAACAAUUCACGCAGAGGCAAACAGAACACAUCGACGAUGAGGCAAAUGUGAUUCCAGGUCGAUUUAUAGCACAUUUAGGAGAUUUAUUUCCUUUAACUGCUCGGGUCACCGCCGUCACGUGACAUCUAAGUUCUAUGGGGGACAGAGAAUGAGAGCUGUGUGUGCUUGUGUACGUGGGAUAAAUAGAUGAAGACUAGGCCCUUUCGCAGACAUGGUGCAAAAACACAGCACUAAAAUAUAUAAAUACAUUAAAGAGUACAGGUCUGCAUGCAUGGGACACAUUACUCAUUCCUAAAUGUACAUCUUUGUGUGUAUGACCGUAAUACUCAAACAAUCUUAAGUUCUAUUUUAAAAAUGGGGGUUAUUUUGUUCUGUUAGAUGUUCAAUACCUUAUGCACAACUGCAUCUGAAACUGUGAGCUGUUUCAGCUAUGCAGAGACAGUUUUAGAGCACUGUUCACACAACUUUUUUUUUUUUUUUCAACAAACGCUGGGAUUUAAAAAGGGAAACCAUCCAAAGUUCAGUAGAUCAUUUCCCACCCUGUCAAACAUGUGUUGAGAAGCCUCUCAGCGGGCAAAGACACCACUUUGAAACAUGUUGUCUUGUCUCCUCUAUUACUCGCUGUAUUUCUUCUUUGUAUUCUUGUGCAUAUGUGUAAUCACUCCUCCACUCUGUCUUUAUUUGUUUUUCGUGAUGUAUACUUCUGAUGUAGAAUGUAGGACUGUAUUUGAAUCAAUGCCAGAGUCACAUUUGCUUUCCGUUUGUGUCUUUGUCCUGUUUACGUGUAACCAGCUUUGUACCAUCAGUAUCAUUAUGCUGAAUAGGAAGCAGGCUCGUUGAUUUCUCCACUGAAUCUGCUUUUGCUGAGCGUAAAGAAUGCCGGACUUCAUGUUUACAACAUGGACAUACCGUAUACUGCCAAACAUGCAGGACCGUACCAAACUCCCCUCUUGAGCGCUUAGUCCUCCACCUCUCAUCCCUGAUGCAAGACUCUUUUCUUUUUUCACCUCUUUCUCUUCUUCAUCAUCUUUUAAAGCGUCGGAGGACAGUCAGGUUGUGUCCUCUAGCUGUGUUUCUUCGUGUCUAGUGUCGUGGUGCGCGUGUUCAUGUCAGUACUUGUGCCUACUGUGGAUCGCAUGCUUUAGCCCUUGACUGGACACAAACGUUGCUCACAAACUCCUCUUGACCCUUAUGUGGACAAACGUUGGGGAUCCUUAUAAAGUUAUCAAGGGAACCAAAUAACUUAUUACAAAUUUAUCAUAUGUGUUACCAGUUCUGUAAAAAAACAAAUAGGAAAUAAAGGCCUUUUAAUUACCA